GCCCCACUUUCCCCCAUCUGCUAGUCUAGCUAAUGUCCGGCCUAUAUAUUCAGAUCUAAUCCAAACCAUUGAUAUAUUCAUAUAGAUCCAGCUGCUUAAUUAGCUAAUUAAUUUAAGUCCGAGCCUGAGAAAGAUCAUAUCAGCCAUGGCCACCCUCACUUUCCCCGACCAACCUUCUCCCGUUGCUGACGCCGAGGCUAUUCGGAAUGCAUGCAAAGGUUGGGGGACGAACGAGAAGAGCUUAAUCGGAAUAAUUGGGCACAGAAAUUGGGUGCAGAGGAAACUGAUCAAGAAAGCAUACGAGGAUCAGUACCAGGAAGAUCUGGUCAAAUGCCUUGAGAAGGAGCUGUCCGGCGACUUUGAGAAAGCUGUGUACCGAUGGAUGCUCGAUCCAGAGGACAGGGAUGCGGUGUUGUUGCACGUGGCGAUAAAACAAGGAACAGUCCCCGACUAUCGAGUCAUCAUUGAGCUCUCAUGCAUCUACUCUCCUGAAGAGUUUCUGGGUGUCAAACGGGCCUAUCAGGCCCGCUAUAAGCGCUCUUUUGAAGAAGAUCUGGCCCAACAUUCCACCGCAGAGUUUCGCAGGCUUCUGGUGCCCUUAGCAGGUGUGUACAGGUAUGGUGGGAACGAGAUCGAUGUGAAGUUAGCGCAGGCGGAGGCUGAGGUGCUGCACGGUGCGAUCAAGAAGAAGGAGUUCGGGCAUGAAGAAAUUGUGAGGAUUCUGAGCACCAGGAGCAAGUCUCAGCUCAUUGCCACUCUCAAUCGCUAUAAAGAUGAGCAUGGCUGUUCAAUCACCAAGCAUUUGAAGGAAGAUUCGGCGAACAAAUAUCAAACGGCUCUGCGUGCAACUAUCCGAUGCAUUACUGAUCCACAAAAGUACUACGAGAAGGUGAUUCGUCACGCAUUGGCCAAAUCGGGGACGGAUGAGGAUGCAUUGACGCGGGUGAUAGUGACAAGGGCAGAGAAGGAUUUGAGGGAGAUCAAGGAGCUGUAUUUCAAGAGAAACAGUGUCACUCUGGAUCAGGCUGCUGCCAAAGAGACUUCUGGCGAUUAUCAGGCUUUUCUCCUCACUCUCCUGGGAAAGCCAGAUCAGUGAUAGCUGCUGCUUUAGCUUGCUUCUGAUGAAUGAGUGAAGGAAUGCUUAUGGGUCAUUUAUAUAUGUUAUGUGUGUGAUGCUUUCCGUUUUGAAUGAACUUUUCUGGAUUUGUCGUUGGUACAUUUUCAUAUGUCUUCAUGCUGUUUGUUUUUCAAUUUUGAGUAUGUGUUCCAUGAGUCUUCAGUUAGUUUUGUGUUUUGAAGUCAAACAUUAGAUUGGUGUUGUUUGUUUUAAUUAUUUGAGGCAAGUU